CCAUUGUUGAUUCGUACCAUUCUCGGCUCUCUCCUACGAUCUUGACCGAAAAAUAAAUACUCGUCUGGUGAGUGGUGACUACUGACUGGUGGUGGCUUUCUUUUUGAUCUUCCCAAGAGAAUCUCCCAUUUCACAAAUUCUUUCUUUCUCUCUCCUUUCGAUUUUGUUCUCCUAAAAUGACGAUCGGCUCCGGAGGUUCAAGCAUCGUCGUUCCCAGAAACUUCAGGUUGCUGGAAGAACUUGAACGUGGUGAGAAAGGGAUUGGAGAUGGGAGUGUCAGCUACGGUAUGGAUGAUGGUGAUGAUAUUUACAUGCGUUCUUGGACGGGUACUAUAAUUGGCCCUCAUAAUAGUGUACAUGAAGGUCGAAUCUAUCAAUUGAAGCUCUUCUGUGACAAGGAUUAUCCAGAGAAACCCCCAAGUGUUCGCUUCCACACACGGAUCAACAUGACUUGUGUGCAUCCUGAGACUGGAAUGGUUGAACCAAAGAAGUUUGGGAUGCUUGCAAAUUGGCAGAGAGAGUUUACUAUGGAGGAUAUUCUGACUCAGCUAAGGAAAGAAAUGGCUGCACCCUACAACCGAAGACUCGUUCAACCUCCAGAAGGAACCUAUUUUUAGGUGAACCUAUUUGAUUAGCACGCCCCACAUCUUUCUAAGUUGGGAAGGCUUAAACACCAGAACCUGAAUGCCUUGUAUGGUUAUAUAAUUCAGUAUAGUGUUUGAUUAUGUCUACUGUUGAUAGGGAAGCUUUGGAAGGAAAAAAUUUCCGGUACUGCUUGCUUGUUCAUGUUUUGGAAUUAGUUUCUUCACUGUGUGUUCUGAGAUUUCCCUUUUUAUUCUCCUUCCUACUUUGAGGUGUGGACGUUGUUGGAUGUGCCAUUUCUGUAAUCUAUACACUGAAUUGUAUUGAUUGGAUAGACUAAUCACAAUUAUUGGAACUUGGAUAGACUAAUCACAA